UCCCUCUGCUGUGCGCUAGCGGGAGGAGGGCGCACGGUGUCUUUCGCUCCUGCCCACUCUUCUCGUAGUGAUCUGUCUGUGCGUCUUUGCGUCUUGGAGCUGGAAUUUGGGAAGUGGAAAUGCCACUGUUACUUUCACAGUUGGCGUCAAGUCGAAUGAGAGUGACCCUCUGACAUUCUACUGUGUCGGUCAGACAGCGCGCAUCGGGAAAGGGCCGAACCGUUACCGAACGAACGCAGUCAAAAGGAAUAGGAAUUGGGGGAUUUUAGACGGGGUAGUAGUGAGUGUAUGAGAUAUUAUUGAAUCUUUUAAGUUUUUUAUUCCACUUUUGAUAUACAAUUAUCAGUUAUCGAUUGAUAGCCUAACUAUUGGGGCACUUUAGGCGUCUGGAUUUUCGGAAUCAACAAUUGUUUUCUGCGAUUGGAUUAUUAUUAUUAUUAUUUUCCUGGGAAAUGGCAAGUUCUUAUUCUGCGAGAGAAACACGACUUUCCGAGGAAAGAGGAAACAGCCUCUGAAUAGGCUACUAAAGGAUGCUGGCAACCUGAAGCUGUCAGACGAAUUUCUCCUAUAUUUCUGAGACAUUUGUUGUUUUGCUUUGAGGACUAUAAAACGGUGGAAAUAUCAAAGUUUCUUUUUUCUUUUUCUUUUUUUCUUUUUUACAGAUUUGUGUGUUUUACAGUCCAAUGAUGUAUUGUGGAUUUAUACUGUUAUUUUCAACCCAACUCAUUGUUGUGGCUCCAUUGAUUCAAAGCGUUGCAGAUAAAUGUGGAGAUAACAUUGAGAUAACCAAUGCAGAUUAUCUCACCUCGACUGGCUAUCCGACCUCAUACCCUCCAUCACAGCAAUGUAUGUGGGUGAUAUCAGCCCCAGAACCGGGCCAGAAGAUACUCAUCAACUUUAACCCUCAUUUUGAUCUGGAGGACCGAGAAUGCAAGUAUGACUAUGUGGAGGUGUUUAACGGUGGGGACGAGAAGGCUCCAACCCUGGGGAAGUUCUGUGGGAAGAUCGCCCCCUCGCCUAUCAUCUCAAGCGGCAGCCAGCUUCUCAUCAAGUUUGUGUCCGACUACGAAACCCACGGGGCUGGAUUCUCCGUACGUUACGAGGUCUUCAAGACAGGGCCUGAGUGCUCCAGAAACUUCACCUCGUCCAAAGGCGUUAUAAAGACGCCAGGCUUCCCAGACAAGUACCCCAACAACCUGGACUGCACCUUCAUGAUCAUCGCCCCCAAGAUGUCCGAGAUCGUGGUGGACUUCGACGCGUUCGACAUGGAGCCUGACACCACCCCUCCACCCGGGGCACUGUGUCGCUACGACUGGCUGGAGAUCUGGGACGGGUUCCCUGCAGUUUGGUCCCACAUCGGGCGGUACUGUGGUAACAGCAGUCCUGGACGGGUCAUCUCCUACACUGGGAUCCUGUCUAUGACCAUCAACACUGACAACGCCAUCGCCAGAGAGGGCUUCUCAGCCAAUUACACUGUCAGAGAGAAGACCUGCCACAGGGACAGACACCAGAGGGUUAACUUUAAGUGUGUGGAGGGCCUGGGGAUGGAGUCAGGGGCGAUCACCUCGGAUCAGAUCACUGCCUCCUCUCAGUACAACUCUAACUGGUCUCCUGAGCGCUCCAGACUCAACUACAAAGAGAAUGGCUGGACCCCCUCUGAAGACUCCAGCAGAGAGUGGAUUCAGGUGGACCUGGGAUUUCUCCGCUUUGUCUCAGCCGUGGGAACACAGGGCGCCAUCUCCAAGGAAACCAAGAAGGAGUACUUUGUCCGCUCCUACAAAGUGGAUGUGAGCUCCAAUGGAGAGGACUGGGUCACAAUAAAGGAGGGCUCAAAGCAGAAGAUUUUCCAGGGGAACCACAACCCUACAGAUGUGGCCAGGUCGUUCCUGCCCAAGCAGACCCUGGCACGCUACGUCCGCAUCAGACCCAUGUCCUGGGAGAUAGGCAUAUGCAUGCGCUUCGAGGUUUACGGCUGCAAGACCUCAGACUACCCCUGUUCAGGCAUGCUGGGGAUGGUCUCCGGACAGAUCUCAGACGCCCAGGUCACUGCGUCGUCGCACGCAGAGCGUGGCUGGGUACCGGAAAACGCCAGGUUGCUGACAGGGAGGUCGGGAUGGACCCAGCAACAGACCAGACAGCCCUUCAGGAACGAGUGGCUGCAGGUGGACCUGGGCCAGGACAAGCUGGUCAGCGGCCUGGUUAUCCAGGGAGGACACCACAGAGACAAGAAUGUGUUCAUGAAGAGGUUCAAGGUGGGUUACAGCAGCAACGGCUCUGACUGGACCAUGGUGAAUGAAGACAACGAUGCCAAGCCUACGAUCUUUAUUGGAAACCAGAACCAUGACACCCCAGAGCUGCGCACGCUGGGCCCUCUGCUUACUCGCUUCCUCAGGGUUUACCCAGAGAGAGCCACCCCCGAGGGCCUGGGCCUCAGACUGGAGCUGCUGGGCUGUGAGAUCCAGGAGCCCACAACUCUCCCACCGACCACGCCUGUAGCGAUCACGUUUGCUGUAACCACGUUCGCUGCCACCACGACCGCGUCUGUGACCACGCCCGCACCGACGUCAGAAGAGUGUGACGACGAGCAGGCCAGCUGUCACAGUGGAACAGGAACAGGAACAGGAACAGGAGGGGAGGACUACGACACAACAGGUGACACCACAGUGGCAGACCCUAUCAUGGAGGGAGACCGCAUACCAGAGUACCUGUGGUUUGCGUGUGACUUUGGCUGGGCGGGCAACCCAUCGUUCUGCGGCUGGACACUGGAGACGGAUGCGGGUGCUGGGUGGAUGAUUCAGACCAGCGGRGCCUCUACAGUCCACAAAGGACCCAACCUAGAUCACACAGGAGGUCCAGGAAAUUUCAUCUACAUGCAGCUGGCUGCUGAGACCGAAAGGAAGGAGGAGGAAGCAGAGGAGGAGAGGAUGGAGGAGAGGGUGGCACGCCUAGCCAGCCUGCCCAUCACCGCCCCUGACACAGACCUGUGUGUGUCCUUCUGGUACCACAUGUUCGGGGAGCACGCUGGCACCCUGCACAUCAAACAGAGCAGGGAGACAGAGGAGGGAUGGGCUGAGGCACUACUCUGGACUGUCAGUGGACACCAGGGCAGCCGAUGGAGGGAGGGACGAGUGCUGGUGCCCCACUCUAACACACCCUAUAAGGUGGUGAUUGAGGGAGUGGGAGACUGGAGCACAGGACAUAUCGCGCUGGACAAUAUCAAGAUCCUGGAUGGACUCACAACAGAGGAGUGUAAGGAUCCAGAUAUACCAGAGGCUCCUACGUCCCAGCCAACAGAGAUCUGCAUAUUCCCAAUAGACCCAUACUACCCAGCGGUAGUGGAGAACAGCGAGCUGGGUGGCCCAGGCAACAUGCUGAAAACCCUGGACCCCAUCCUCAUCACCAUCAUCGCUAUGAGCGCUCUGGGGGUCUUGCUGGGGGCUAUCUGUGGUGUCGUCCUUUACUGUGCCUGCUCACACGGCCACAUGUCCGACAGCAGGAACUUGUCCGCUCUGGAGAAUUAUAACUUUGAGCUGGUGGACGGAGUCAAGCUAAAGAAGGACAGCAAGCUGAAUGCACAGAACAGCUACUCAGAGGCGUAAGCUAAAGGCGUGAGCUUCCUCUGAGGGAAGGGAGCACAAGCAGCCUCAUAGCUGGAGGAACUAGACCACCGGACGGAGGGUUGGGACCCAAACGGCACCGUAUUCCAUAUAUACUGCACUAUGUAGGGGAUAGGGUGCCCUGUAGUGCACUAUGUAGGGGAUAGGGUGCCAUUUUGGACGCAGCCAGCCGUAGAGAUGGUAGGAGGUUGUGACCGAGUCAUGAUAUUCUCAGGAGCUGCAGUGAAAGGAAUUUACCAGUAGGGGGCACUGUGUAUAAAGAAAAUGUGUACAGCAAAAAGGAUGAUUUAGUUUUGUGACGUGCUUUGUUUUUAUGUAAUCAGAUGCUGGUGUUGAGACCAAUUAAUAUGAAAGUAUUUAUCAUGUUUUUGUUAUUUUUCUUCUGGAAGGAUAGGAUAUUUUAUUUUUCAUCAGAGGUCAUUAUUAUUUCACAGAAAUAGCAUAGAAACGUAUAUUCACUAUCCUGAUGCGUGGCUCUUCGGCUGGUCAUGUUAUCAGUUUGUAUGUCUGCAUCGAUUU